CAAGCGGUAUAUACAACUGGAAAAGGAACCUCUGCUGUUGGUCUCACUGCAGCAGUUCACAAGGAUCCAGUAGCACGGGAAUGGACACUUGAGGGAGGUGCACUGGUUCUUGCUGAUAGGGGCAUAUGCCUUAUUGAUGAAUUUGACAAGAUGAACGAUCAAGAUAGCCAUGGAGCAACAGAGUAUCAGAAUGUCAAAGGCAGGAAUCAUCACAUCUCUUCAAGCUCGAUGCAGUGUUAUUGCUCCAGCAAAUCCAAUAGGCGGAAGUUUAUCUCCCUCGCUUGUGGGUAGUCUGAGGACACAAGGAGCAUAUUCUGCUUUGCCUCCUCCAGUUCAGGAAUUCAGAUGCCAAUGACGCUCCAUGGGAAGCUCAGCUUCGGCAUGAGAGGUGAGCUCUCACCUGCUGUUGUUCUGAACUAUAGACAUUUGCAUGCAGCUCCAAGUUCUCGUUAGAGCAGAUUUAUCAAAACAAAUAAGCCUGUCAUUUGUAAGCCUUACAGAAGACAUCCAAAAAAGCUCAGAUGACAGUGAAGGCUAAAAUAUCUCCAGGGAAGUGUAGAAAAUUAUUGUUAGCUUGAUGGUUCAUGUCCUUCCGAGACAUCCAUUUGUAUGCCUGUAAUUUGGUCCAUAACCCUUCUAAUGGCAUGAUGAUUGAUGUCAAAGAAUUUAUUUUGUCAUGCCUGGUGCAGGUGAAGGCCAGCGUAUACAUGUUUUUUUUCCUUCACUUUAUGCCAAUCAAUCAGUAGGAAGUUGGAGUCUGGAGAUUGAGGGGAAGAUUGAAAAACAAAGAGUGAUAUGAAUAGUAUUUAUGCUAAUAAAGUGUUUUUGGAACCAAAUUAUGUAGUAUUUAUGAUUGACAGCCUAUUUUUAAGUGUUUGUGAUAGGCCAAUGAAUUUCAGUUGCAAGAAA